AAAACCCCAGCUCUACACGAAAGUGAAAGUGAAAAUUGGAUACGCUUCUCACACACUUUUAUCGACUGCUGUUGGGUAGUGCCUUGAGAACGUUCGCCCUUUGAAAUCAUGGGAAAUAACAAGUCGAGAAUGACAUCGGAUUACCCAAGUAACAUGAUCUUCCACGUUAAGAAGAUUUCGUCGACGUUCCUUGGAAGAGAGAUCACCAAACGAUGUGGAAACGAAGGACAGCAUAACGAUCUCGAGGAAAAGGACAAAACAACCUUGAAAUUUUUGCAAGCUGCCAUCUCGUAUAUCUCAGUGGCAACCAACAUGGGAGCAGAUCUUUCAAAUGCUGCAUUCAUUUUUUCACAACCAGGAAAAGAGUUUGUUAUUCAGGCUGGAAAUGGUGACUGGGAGUUCUUUUUUUCAGAAGAUCUAAAAAACGCAAUUCAUGGCCACUGUGUUCGUAAGGCUUCCCGAGGUUUCUGGAAGAGCUGCUCUUCCAGAAACAGAACAGCCAAUCGAGACGGUAGAGCAGCACCAGGACGAAUAAAUGGUUUGCUGGCCCUGCCGUCUGCUGCCUAGAAAAAUCUCUUUCCUUCCACAUCUCGACGGAGAAAUAGAUGAAAAUAAGGAAAUAGACAGAUUUUGUUACCAGUUUGAUACUAUGGGUGACAAAUAACUCCAUAAUCUAUCAGACAAUUUGAGUUUGUUACGUAUCAAAAUUUAUUCGAUUUUAUCCCGUUGUGAGACAUAUAUCCAUAG